AUGGGAUCAUAGUGUAACAAUUGUAAAUGUGAAAAAGAGAAAUAUAUAGAUAUUGAGAAAGCUGUAACAAAAGACAUCUCAUUAUAUAUUUUUAGGAAUAUGUACUCGUUGUUGCUACAUCUUCUUAAAAAUCAACAUCAAAAGUCAUUGUAAAAAAUAAAAUGGCAACUAUCAUUUAAAAAUAUUGGCGAGGUUAUUAUGUUAGAAAAAAGCUGACUUACUAAAAAAUAAUAGAAUCAAUUCCUUAAAAAACUAUAAACACUCAUGAAGUUGAUCUAUAAGAAUAAUUUGAAUCAGGAAUUACUAUAAACCAAGAUGAAUUUGAAAGAGAAACACGCUAACCUUUUAAGUAUACAAAUAAAAAGUAUAAGAUUCAAAGGUGGUGCUGUAUAUACAGGAGAAUGGAAAGGAUAAGCAAGAGAUGGAAUAGGUAUAUAAGUAUGGCCAGAUGGAGCAAAAUAUGAAGGAGAAUGGAAACAUAAUAAAGCUUAAGGUAAAGGGAAAUUCACCCAUUCCAAUGGAGAUAUUUAUGAUGGAGAUUGGGAGAAUGAUAUGGCAAACGGAUACGGAAUCUAUUAACAUAUUUAAGGAGCAAAAUAUGAAGGAUAAUGGUUCAAUGAUAAAUAACAUGGAUAUGGUUCAGAAGUGUGGCCAGAUGGAUCAUCCUAUCAAGGAUUCUUUUAAAACAGUUUUAAACAUGGAAAAGGUAAAUUAUAUUAUUAAAAUUAGGGAAAUAUAUAUGGCCAACAGGAUAAUAUUUUGAAGGGGAUUGGGUUCAUAAUAAAUUAUGUGGUUAUGGUAUUCUAUGUUGGCCAGAUGGUAGAAAAUAUGAAGGUGAAUUUUAGAAUAAUAAUAUGCAUGGCAAAGGAACUUAUACUUGGCCAGAUGGUAGAAAAUAUUAUGGUUAAUAUUUCAAUGAUUAAAAACAUGUAUAUUUUAACUAUUUAAUAUAAGGGUUAUGGAAUAUAUGAAUGGAGUGAUGGAAGAAGAUAUGAAGGAGAAUGGGAAUAUGGAAAAUAACAUGGAAAAGGAUUAUAUGUUGUUGGAGAAAUUGAAAGAACAGGAGAAUGGUUGAAUGGAAAACGAAUUAGAUGGGAUGAUGAAAAGAGAACGAAUUAUAAAAAAUGA